GAAAUACGGAAUCAAAAUCCCAUUUCCACCGAUUCCUUCAUCCAAAACCACGCUCAAAGACAAGAGGGAAAAAAGAGUAAGUAAAGGUUGGAGAAAAUGAAUCCCAUAGCUUCUGGAGUGGACAAAAUAAAAGGGUUCGUUCACGACUUAGUUAAAGGCCGUGAUUACUCAUCUCGCCGCAAUCCGAUUGAAAUCUUGAAGCGGUUGCAGCGAGAAUCAUUUUCAGACCUCAUGAAACUCCGAGAGCGACAAGACAAAGUCGAACGUUUACUUUCCUUCUACAAAACAUCCAAAGAGAAUCCAUUCGAAGGAUCGAAUACCCUUUUGAGAGGGGAAGUUGAUAUUCUCGCAGCUGUAUUGUUAAUGUCCAAGGUCGACGACGAACAUUGGGACGGGGUUGGUCAGGCAGGAAUCAGAACUAUGGUUGAUUCCAGGUUUAGAUUUGCAACCACUGUUGGGGGCAAAGAUACCUUUGGGGUUGAAUUCAUGGCUAAUCAGAAAAGGAUUGAAAAUAGUAAUGGCGAUGUCUAUGGAACCCCACUCACGCUAUCUAAGUUGUUCUAUAAAGGAAGUGCUGGUGAUUGGUUUUCUGCUAUCGCAAUUCCAUUUGGAGCUCAGUUUAGAGAUUUGAAUGUUACCUCGGCCUCUUCCCUUCAGGAAAAGGGCCUCACUGAUUUAUCAUUUGGACCACCUAUGUUGCAUCAGCAUAAUGGAGGUGCAAUUGGGGUGACAGUGAAAAGAUCAAAUAUCAUUGCUUCGCUGGCUCAAUCCUUCCGUGGAAUGGGAAAUGAACAUUGCUUCAGUACGUUUGGACAAGUUGUUUGUCAUCUUCCAAUAAGAUUGAAACUCUCAUUUUUAGGCCUUCGCCGAGGGCCUAAAUUGGCUAGUCGUAAUUUCCGCCUUGGAGCCCUUGCGCUUCCGGUUGGAUUGUCUAGAUAUCUUGAAGAUGUUGAUACAGUAAAUGAGGCAGCUUUUAUGCCUUCGGACACAAACAUCCCAGAAUCUGGAUCUAUUGCCCUAAUGCUGGAGUCUGAACUUGAUGAAUACCAAAGACUUGGAGGUUGGAUUGAGAUGAAACAAACAAAUUCGAAAAUUUUACAAUGGGCUGUUAAUUUGUCUGAUACUUCUGAAGAUGUAUUUGGUUGGGGUGUGAGUGUUGGGGGGUUUGUUGAAGGUCCUAGAAAUUGGGACCACUUUCAGGUUGAAUCCUAUGUGAAACUUAACCUGGGUAAGAGAUGUAGCUUGAAGCCCGGUAUUGCUUAUGUAGUAGAUGGAAAUUCCAGAACCCUGGCCCUUGCACUUCGAUCUAACUGUUCCUUCUGAUUACCACUUUCUCUGAAAGGUAGGAGUUUCUGAAUUUUAUAGGAAGUCUUGUUUUGGGGAA